AUGACGGCUUACAAAGCCGACGGUGACUACGGUUAUCUGUUCAAUUUAGUUUUGAUCGGAGACUCUGGUGUCGGUAAAUCGAACUUGCUUUCUAGAUUUGCUAAGAACGAGUUCAAUCUCGAAUCAAAGUCAACUAUCGACGUCGAAUUCGCUACCAGAAGUAUCCAUGUUGAUGAUAAAAUUGUCAAGGCUCAGAUUUGGGAUACUGUUGGACAAGAAAGAUCAAUUCUCCAAAAGCAUAGAAAGAAUCUGGAAGCACUCAACAUCCAAAUGGGUAUGGUUGGGGGUCGAUUCUUGAAGAUGAAAGGUCUCGUUGAAGAUAAUAUCACCACCAUUGAUCCUGAUUUAGAUAAAGGAAAAUAUGUAACCAUUGUUCUUCCAGUAAAUGGUAAAAAGACACAAUGA